CAAGUUUGCCGCGCAAUAUGUCGAGUCGUCCAGUACUUCUUGUUAACAGAUUAUCAUAACGAAUCAGAUAGUUUGUCAAAAAACAAAAAAAUAAAGAUGCCAUGAAUAAAAACUGACCUGACAUUAGAUAUUUAAUAUUUUAGACAAAAAUUAUUACUUUUUUUUAGAUUUUUUGGUUUUACAAUAAAACAUUAAAAAAAUGUCCAAAUCGUCGUGCAAACCUACUUUUGAGCAAACAAUUAAUUUAGCGAAAAAAUGUGUAAAUACUCCUUCAGCUACACAGCAGUUAGUUCUUGAUAGACCAGUGCCCCCAAUAUGUAGACCCCCUUACGCAAAUCAAGCUGCUCCAGUACAAUGCCCCAACGUGAAACAUAUAAAGGUCUGUACUGGAGCUGAAAUGAAGAAGAAAUGCUUCCAGGCUAGACCUUGCGCUGCUCCCAUAACACCCCCAAAAUCAGCAGGUCAAAAAUUAGCAUCUCUAAUUCUUUUUGGUGUAAAGGCAGCCUUUGCAGGAAGUUUAGUUUAUAUGACAUACGAAAUGGGUUUGUGGGGUAAUUCGCAAAGUACCGAACAGAUUUGGAAGGAAAUGUGUGAAAUUUUUGGGUUGAGUAAAAAGAGAGAAAUUCCAGAACCAAGUCUUAGGUGUAAAGCUGAACGGGAAUUAGGAGCAAUGGCUCAGCCAGGAUUUCCGGAUGCCUGUUCAAGAAUGAUGGUAGACACAGAAAGAACUGUAUACAAUCUUCAAAACACUUGGAAUAAGAUUGUUACAAGCAUUUUUUGGUUUUUCCUUAAAGGCCCGGAAGAACUUAUAAAUUAUGUUAACCAGCAAAGUAAAAAACCUGUUCAAAGAAAAGCUAGUGGAUGUGAGAGAGGAAAUAAAUAAAUUGCUAAUAAGAAGUAUCCAUUAUCGCAAUCCAACAUGAACGUUAACUCAACAGUUUUAUUAAUUGUAUUUUUGACUUUAUAUGGACCACGUGUAUACGUUCUACAUUGAUUUGACUAGGUUCUACGCCUGUAGUUUAUUUUUCCUCUUUUUUAAAAAACACCCUUCUCAGUUUCUCGAUUAUUUUCUAACCAAUUAAUAAAAAAUGAAAUUCACGCUA